AUGAGCCUGAGGCCAGAGGCCAACUGGACCGCACGGCCGCCGCGGGACUUCGUCAUCCUGGGCUUCUCGGGCUGGCCCCGGGGGCUGCGGGCGCUGCUCUUCGCGCUGGGCCUGCCCCUGUACGCGGCCACGCUGGCCGGCAACGGGCUGAUCGUGGCCCUGGCGGCCGCCGACCGUGCGCUGCGCACGCCCAUGUACUUCUUCCUGGGCUCGCUGUCCGCGGUGGAGGUGGCCUACACGCUGGUGCUGACGCCGCGCACUCUGGCCGGCUUCCUGCUGCCCCCCGGGGGCCAGCCGCUGCCGGCCGCCGCCUGCGCGGCCCAGAUGGGCCUCUUCGUGGCCCUGGGCGGCGCCGAGUGCCUGCUGCUGGCCGCCAUGGCCCUGGACCGCUACCUGGCCAUCUGCCGCCCGCUGCGCUACCCGCAGCUGGUGACCCCGGCCUUGUGCUGGCGGCUGUUGGCCGCCUGCUGCGCUGGUGGCGCCGUCCUGGCCCUGGCGCUCACCACAGCCAUCUUCAGGCUGCCCUUCUGCCGCGGCCGCCUGGUCAACCACGUGUUCUGCGACCUGCCCGCGCUGCUGGAGCUGGCCUGCGGGGACAAGGCUCUGCAGGAGCGCGCGCUGCUGGCCGCCUGCCUGCUGCUGCUGGUGCUGCCGCUGGCACUCAUCCUGCUGUCCUACGCGCGCGUGCUGGCGGCCAUCCUGGGCGCGGGGGCCGCGGGGGCCGCGGCCCAGGGCCGCCGCAAGGCGCUGGCCACCGUGGCCUCGCACCUCACCGUGGCCGUGCUGCACUACGGCUGCGCGACAGCCAUGUACGCGCGGCCGCUCGAGGGCCGCUCGCCGGAGCAAGACAAGCUGGUCUCAUUAGUCUACAUCUACCUCACGCCCCUGCUCUACCCGGCCAUCUACACGCUGCGCAACCGGGAUAUGCAGGACGCCCUGCGCCGGGCGCUGGCGGCCCGGCGCCAGGCCGGGCCGGGCUGCCGGGGCUAA